CAUAGACUCUUUGGCCUUACAUACCCACAACUAAGUUUAAAUUGACCGAUUGUAAACUCUAAACAGUUGUACUUUAUCUCCUCAAUUGUGUCUUCAUUAGAGCGUAGCACAACAUGGCCGCCCAAACCGAGCCUGAGAUUGUUUUGUACGACUUGGCAUGCACCAAGAAUGUCUGCUUCUCUCCCGUUGUCUGGCGCAUCCGCCUUAUGCUUAACUAUAAGCAUAUCCCUUACAAGACCAUUUUCCUCGAAUUUCCGGAUAUUGAGCCCACGCUGAAAGGGCUUGGCAUAGUCCCCGCCGAAUCCUCUUCGGGAUAUAAACACAAAUACACGGUCCCCGCUAUCCAGCACGUGCCAACCAACACGUACAUAAUGGACUCGGGCCCCAUCGCGCAGUUCCUCGAGUCGACCUACCCGGACCCGCCGGUUCCGCUGACAUCGGAGCUGGGCCGCGAGGUCGAAGCCAAAACGCGCGCCUUGCUCGGCCCGGCCUUCCGCACGUCGGUGAUGCCGCGUGAGAUAGGCAUCCUGUCGCCGCGCGCGGAGGAGUACUUCCGGCGCACGCGCGAAGCCUCGCUCGGGCACCGGCUCGAGGACUUGCUCGAUCCGGACAAGGAGGAGCAGGUUUGGGGCGCGGUGGGCGACGGCAUGCGCGCCGUCGGCGAGCUGAUGCGGAUGCACAGGGCCGACGGGCCGUUUGUGCUGGGCGCCCAGCCGAGCUACACCGACUUCUUCAUUUCGGGGUCGCUGCAGUCUGCGAGAGUGGUGGAUGAGGGGGUUUUCCAGAGGAAUAUCAAAUACCCUGGUUUUAAGGAGAUCUAUGAGGCAUGUCUCCCUUACAUGGAGAAGAAGGAUUGA